GGCGGGCGGCGGCGGCGGCGGCUCUGUGGGGAGAGGCGGCGGCUGUCGGCGGGGCUGAGGCCGGCGUGGAAACUCGGGCCCCGACCCCUCCCCCAGCGGACCGGGCAAGGCAGUGCUGGUGUCUCCUGUGACCGCCGUUCUGUCAACACUUCAGUGAUGAUGCACCUGCUACAGCUGAGCAGCAGUGGAGAAAAUGUUCUGAAGAAUAAAUUGGAUGGUGCCUGUUGGAAUUAAAUUGUCUGAAAAACCUCUGUUCACCCUAAGGCCUAUUUGACACCGAGAGACCUUCCAUAACGGCCUAGUUCUGCAAGUGAUGGGCUCGGAGAACAGUGCUUUAAAGAGCUGCACACUGGAAGAGCCGCCGUAUACCUUACCGACUGGACUCACAAUUUACCCAGCUGCACUGCAAGAUGGCAAGCUUGCCUCAGUCUUUGUGUAUAAAACAGAGAAUGAAGACACAGUUAAUAAAGCUGCCAAGCACCUGAAAACCUUGCGCCACCCUUGCCUUUUGCGCUUCCUCUCUUGUACUGUGGAAACAGAUGGGAUUCACCUGGUUACAGAGCGUGUAAAGCCUUUGGAGAUGGUGCUGGAGAUGCUGUCUUCUGAUGAGAUCUGUGCAGGGAUCUAUGACUUAUUGCUAGCUCUCAUCUUCCUUCAUGACAGGGGAAACCUAACGCAUAACAACGUCUGUUUAUCAUCUGUAUUUGUAAGUGAGGAUGGGCACUGGAAACUAGGAGGAAUGGAAACAGUCUGCAAACUUAAUGAAGCCACCUCAGAGUUCCUGUGUGGUAUCAAGUCAGUGCGAGACCAGGCAGCCAUCCCUCCUGAAGAGAGGUCUGCAGAUUUCAAAAUUCUUCCUGACAGCCACGGACAUGCCCGGGAUGCCUAUUCAUUUGGAACAAUGGUUGAAAAUCUGCUGACAUUCUUAAAUGAUCAGGUUUCAGCGGAUAUUCUCUCCAGUUUUCAACAGACCUUGCACUGUACGCUGCUGAAUCCAGAUCCGAAGUGUCGUCCACCACUGUCCAGCUUACUGUCUCAUGAGUUCUUCAGGAAUGAUUUUCUAGAAGUUGUGAACUUUCUGAAAAGUUUAACCUUAAAGACUGAGGAGGAGAAAACUGAAUUUUUCAAAUUCCUGAUUGAUAAAGUGGCCUGUUUGUCAGAGAAGCUGAUAGCUUCACGGCUGGUGCCUCUCUUACUUAAUCAGCUUGUGUUUGCUGAGCCAGUAGCUGUCAAGAGUUUCCUUCCACAUCUGCUUGGUCCAAAGAAAGAUAAAAUUGGUGAAAGUGAGACCACCUGCCUGCUGUCACCAGCCCUCUUCCAGACGCACGUCACUCCUGUGUUGCUGAAGCUGUUUGAGGUCCACGAAGAGCACGUGCGAGUGGUGCUGCUGUCUCACAUUGACGCCUACGCAGAACUGUUCACGCAGGAAGAGUUGAAAAACAUCAUAUUGCCACAGGUGCUACUGGGCCUUCGAGAUUCCAGUGACUCUAUUGUUGCGAUAACGCUGCACGGCUUAGCGGUUCUGGUCUCUCUGCUUGGACCUGAAGUGGUUGUGGGGGGUGGAAGAACUAAAAUUUUCAAACGCUCCGCACCGAGUUUCACUAAAACUACGGACCUUUCGCCAGCAGACUCCCCAACUCAUGUUAGCAACCAGAGAAGUCAGCUCUCCCAGCCCCUGCAGAACAACUCUUCCAGUGUGUUCCCUAAGUGCCCCAUCGCUGGAAACAUGUCCCUCAGCAGCGAGAAACAUGUGCCAAGAAAAGACUCUCAGGUGGCCUUAAAGACAGUUGAACAAGACCCUCAGCUAUCCUUGAAUGGAGAUCCUGCUGCGAUGAAUACUGUGGGAAGCAGCAGGAGCCCUUUGAAUACUUCUGAAAAGCCAGCAGAGGAAUGGCCAGAUUGGAGCGAGUCCGAAGAGCCUGAGACUCAGAAAAUUGUGAACAUACAGCUCCGGCCUAUGGAGCCACAAGGCAGCACUGAGCCCUAUGUUGUUGAUCAUAAUGUGGACAAGGAACCCUCGGACAACUUUGAGCCCAGCAGCCCUGCUCCUGAACUGUUCUCAGGAAACAGCCUCAGUGUUAUGAGAGCUGAUGGAGUCCAAGUGCAGAGGCCACUCCCUGGUGCCCUUCAGCUGAGCAAAGAAUCCAAAAGCUUCAAACCCAGUCCUCCCCCAAUGUCCAGCCCUGCGAAUUGCUGGAGCAAUGACAGCUGGGACCACCCAGACCAGCAGAGAGAAACAGCAUUCCUGGAAAGGUCUCCCAAGUCUCCAUGGGAGUCUGGCUUAGGAGAAGAGUUCACGAUCCAAGUGAAGAGGAAACCAGUGCGAGAUCCUGAGUUGGACUGGUUUGCUGACAUGACCCCAGAUAUUAAACCAUCUGCAGCUUUCCUGAUUUUACCUGAAGUGAGGACAGACUCGGUUGUUCUUAGUCACUUAAGUGCAGUUUCCAGUGGAGAGGAUACCUCCCAGAUAGUGCAGUUUUCAUCCAAAUUUGCAGCAGCUGAAGUCACUGAGGCUGAAACUGCAGGCUGGGGUGAAGAGGAAGAGGUGAACUGGGAAGAUACUAACUGGUGAUGGAUGGGGGAAAAACAAGGGCAGUCUAUGGCCUAUUGCUUCCAGGAUGUGUUAGAUUAUUACCUCACCAACACUAUUUUACCAGGAAGGCAGGCGCUUGCCCCUGCAGUCGGCGAGAGCCCAAUGCAGCCUAUAUUCCUGUACCAGGAUGCUCCUUUUCCAGCCUGUGCUGAAGCCAUAUGUACAAGUGUGGUGCAUAGCCCUCGCUAGGGGAAAUUGGAAUGGUUUGUGUGUUGGAGCUGAAAGCGUGAUUUAUACUUUUGUUUCAGGAAUCAUCACUGCUCUGGAAAACUCUUGAAAAUAAAUGAAAAUUGCAUUAGUUCAGAUAAAUUUUA